AUGCAAGAGCAAAAUCCAACAAAGGUUACUGCUUAUCGAGCAGCUAAAGCGGAACAAGUAAUGCCAAUGAUGGUUUACCACAGCAGCACACCUCCUCCCUUUCAAUUCCAACAGAAUAUGUAUAAUUUGAGGAAUCAACAAAAUGCAUUAUUUUCACAAAAUUAUCCAGCAUUAAUGCAGGCAAGCCCUAUUAUACCACAAUAUCAGCAAAUCAGUGGUCAAAGUGCUUAUCCCAUCUAUAUUCCAGAUUCAAACUUUAUUCAACUCUUCUCGGCUAAGCAAAUGUCCGAAUCUUUACCCAGAUUUAAUAUACAAACACCAAUUCAGUCAAGACCAUUUGAACAAGUCCUUACUGAUCCCAGUAUAACAUUUUCUCCAAGCCAGAUUGGGUUAAUUCCAGCAUCUACAUGGUCAUCGGACAUUAUUACAUUUGGAAACCUUGUUCAAUCAUUUUUCAGAAGGAGAAAUUCUUCUGCAAGCAAAUUCCCUUACAAACUCUUCAACGCUCUUAGAAUUACAGAACUUUAUCCAGAAUAUUUCCCACACAUAGGCGUGAAGUGGGUUGAUGACAAUAUUAUUUGGGUCUCCCGAGAACCUUUCGCAAGAUUAAUCGGUGUAAGGACAAUUGAGGGAGGUCUUUUCCACCAACAAGGAAACUUCCCUUCACACGGCUUUGUAGAACUUUCAUUCGAAGAAUCUGAAUCAGUUGCGGCACAACAUAAUCUUGGUCAUGUUGCUCUCAGCCAUAUGAGAAUGGUUCGCCACACUGCAGGAGUUUUCAAACGCGGAUGCACAGAAGCUGAUCUCGAAAAAUGCAAAUGGAAAGGCGCUUGA